AUGGUUGAGGUUAACGAUGGUCGCCAUUUUAAAAAUCCUUACCACGAUUAUAUGCCUGGAGACCAGCUUAAAGUGGGAGAUACAAACAUCCCAAACAAAAUUGUCGAACUGUUAAAUGUUCUGAAUUCGAAUUUCGAGAAGUUAUCGUCGUCUGACGUAUCAAUGUACACGGGCUUGUCAGGUGUUGGACUAUUCUACAAUUUCCUAUCACAAUGCAAAUGUGAAUUAUUAGACAGAAAGAUACGUGAAAAUGGUGUUGUAUGUACUGAGAAGUUGUUAAAUCGAUGUCUACGUCAUAUCGACUUGAAGAAGUUAUCUAAAAAUAUCAGUGUUUACACUAGCCCGAUCGGUCCAUUGUGUUUAGGUGCUUUAUCAUCAGUCAAGCAUGGAAGUGAGAAUACAGAGGCAAAGAAGUUCGUAGAAGACAUUUUGUCAGCGAGUAAAUAUGGCUUGGAUGUGGACUGUGGGAUGCCUGAUGAAGCGUUAUAUGGACGUACUGGCUAUCUAAAUUGUUUGAUAACACUUCGAGAAAAUAAUUUCGACAUCCCUGUUUCUGUUGUCUCUUCGAUAACAGAUGCUAUAUUGAAGUCUGGUCAGAAAACAGCUGGUGCUUACAAAUCGAAUGGUUUUUAUAAUCGAUUGAUGUAUCAGUCAUCGAAAAGAGAUUUGUGCAUGCCACCGUUGAUGUUCGAAUGGCAUGAUAAAUGUUAUCUUGGUGGAGCACAUGGUUUUGCUGGUAUCUUGACUACUCUACUGAAGGUAUAUCGUUUGUUUCCUGGUAGCAUAUCAUCACAUUCCUUAAACCAGUUAAUUCUACCUACUGUUGAUUGGAUGAGUCAACUUCAGAUAAUCAGCGGAAAUUGGCCUUCUAGUUUAGGGGAUAGCUUAAAUCGUGAUGUAUUAGUUCAUUGGUGUCAUGGUGCAACGGGUGUCAUUCCACUUAUGCUCUCAGCUCAUAAGUUCACUUCACAGGACAGCUAUUUAAAACCAAGAAGCAUUAGUUAGCUGUCUCGUCCCAGUAUGGAACCCCUCAGUUGUACACAUCGACGGCUUCACUGAAAAUCAGAUUCACAAUAAAUGCUAUACAUGAUUAAAAUGCAUUUAAAACUGUUAUACUUCUGCGUAUGAUACUUUAAUAUAGACCUAUACACAGCCAAAUACCUAUGGGAAUAUAUUCACCGACGUUAUCCUACUACUUCACGAAUUAGAUCCUUAGUUCAAGUGAAUGAUUGGAUGUCUAAAAAAAAACUAAUUAUUUCAGUCGGCUUGCAGUAUGUGUCCUGUGCCUUUUAUAUAAAGUAAAUCUGGUACCCCAAUUGCACUAAGGAAGUUUAUUUAUCUUUAUACCCUAGCUAACUUUAAAACGUGUAAAACUAUUGCAAAUAUAACUUCCUUAAUUCCUAUAAGUCCGGGUCUUUUAAUUCCAUUGAGGAUUUUGCUCAUUGACUCAUCCUGUUUGGAGCUUAUUCAAGUAUUCUAGGUAAAAUUUAGAUCGGUAUCAUGAAAUUAAGUAAGUGGGAUAUAUCAUAAACCAUCUCUUAGUAGUACCUGUUGCGUGGCCGCCUGUAUGGAUAGGUUUGUUUGAAUCAAAUUUUGUUUGACUUAACAGAUUAAUGGGUUUCCACAGGAGACUUAUGAUAUAAUGAAAAAAGCAGAUGCUCAAGUUAUGUUGAAGCUUGUGUGUAUUUGUAUUAGUCUAGUCCGAGCAUUGAUUAAUCCGCCUAUACUGUCUAUCUAGUACCAAUGACAGUUCUGAGAAUCAAACUUCACUUAAUAUUUACCCAAAGUACUCUAUACAAAAGAAGAUAUACAUUAGUUUGCAUAAAAUCUGUACCUCCAUAUUUAUAGCGCUUGACACUCGAGAUAGGAAAUUUAGGCAACCAUUUCAUUCACAUAAUUCAGUUACUGUAACCUAUAAUGGUGCACAUGGGUUCCAGUAUCGUGCGGGAACAAACGGUGUAUGAACCAA